UUCUGAAAACAGUGUCCAGAUGACUACGACUGAAACCUUUUCUACGAUAUGGGUUAAAAGGUAAUUCUGUAUAACUGAACUUGCUUGUGGAUUUAAGGUUAUUAAUUAGUUAGCUGAUGGAAUUAACUUGGUCAGGGUCAAAUCAAGACACUAAAUGAAACUGGGUGAUAUCUGAGAGAGAAGAGAAAGAGGAGAGAAAAAUAAGUAAAUGUGGACUGUUUGUGUAUGUGUGUAUGUCUGUGUGUUACCAUUCACUGAUUGACAGAGACAGACUGCUGCAACAGUCUCAGCCCAGAUACAGUACAAAGGUUACUGCUAUUAAUACACAUGAACACAAAUAUACACACACACAUAAUGCAACACAUGGCAUUUAAUUUCACAUCAUUGCUUACAUUUAAUUCAUGAAUUUUCUGUAACACUGGUUCUGUUGGCGCUGCUCAGCUUACUCUCAGCCGGUAACUCUGCUGGCAUUUAAGACUAAAUUAGUCAGAAACCAUGCAAUAUCCACACCAAGGAAUCAAUGUCAUUGGUUCAACCUUUCUGUACCCUUCAGUCAUCUCAGUAGGAGCAACGUGACACAGCCCCAGGAGGCAUGUGACAGGGGAAGAACAUACUCUGUAUUUUUAUGUGUGCGUAUGUGUGUGUUGGAGAGGGUGGGUGUCAGUGACAGAGAAGAGCAGAGAAGCUACAGUUACUGCGGAGAUAGUUCGAACAGGGGAGGUAUUCUGAAGCUACAACUCUUGGAUGUCUCUCAGUGUAACACAGGCAAUUGUAUUUCUGCAGAAGUAAUGCAGAGGUGGCCAACGACAAUCACUGCACAACAAGAGGAAAACAGGAAGGAGUCACAUGGGAAACUUGUUAUUCAAGGUCAGAGAAGAUUGAAGCUCACCUCACCUUUCUGCAGCUGCAACAAAAAACAGCUAAGCAACAUUAUGCAGUUUGGUUGCAUUGUUGCCUUCAAGUGUGAAAACUGGAAAAUUGAGAGCUGUAGAUACAAUAUACUGUACUGAGUCAGGAGAAGUGCCUACUUGAUUGAAGAGUUCCACAGUUGGAUUUCAGUGUACACAUAUUUGCAGUCUGUUGAACGCUAGGGGCCAGUUAUCACAGCUACACAUGGGUGCUGAACACUAGCAGCUAACACCAGUGGACAUCAACUAUUUUUAUUACACAGUCAGCAUCUUUAGAUGUAUGGAUCUGGAUUAAUCUUCCAUCAAUGCACCAAUGGAUCCAAUCUCAAACUUUGAAAUAUGAAUUUGAAAUUUUGUAUAUAUUGAUUGACUCCAACCAGACUUUUGGACUACAGAAGAUGCUGGAUUAUUCCCAUGUGCAACAGAGAUAAUCCACAGUGUGUUAAAUGCAUUCUAGACAGGAUUACAGUCUUAUCACAUGAAACAGUGCCUGCUAUUUAAACUGAGGCGGAUAAUCUAUACAAACACACUGCUGCACUCAGAGACAGCAGCAGUCAAUUUAUAUUAGAAAAAUAAAGUUAAUUUAUUUAGAGAUCCGGACAGAGGUUUGGUUCUGGGUCCAGAUGUUCCUCAACACAGUGCUGGUGGUCCUGUCGGACCUGGCGGCCCAGUUCCUGGCUAACACUAUGUUCCGGCAGCACUUCCAUCUGUUGCUGUCAGCAGUGGUGAUGUUCGGCCCCGCACUGAGCCUCUGGGUCUCCCAGUACAGCGUCUUUGCCAAGAGAAGCCACUUCCUCUACAGGAUGUUCUUGCACUCUGGUUGGGGCUGGACCUGCAUCUUUGUCGGCUCCUUUGUCUUUCUCCUCUCCUUCUCCAUCCGUCGUUCCCUCUCUCUCUCCAUUCGUCACCUCUCCCGCCUCGGGGUGGCUGGUGGAUUGUGGCUUGGUUUCUGUAAACUCCUGGACCUUCUGGAGAAUGCCACAGGAAGCUGCUACGAACCUUUACUCACCAGCCCAGAGGUCGCCAAAGGGCAGCCUCUGUUGGUGUUGCGAGAAGGGGAGAGUAAGUCAGAGUGCCUCAAAGCUCAGAUGCUGUGGAGAGGGUAUGAAGUUUCAGAAGAUGUCUUCCUCCUCUGUCUCUGCUGCCUGCUGCUGGCUGAGGAAACAGCCGUGUUUGGCCCUUAUCUGAGCCUGGGUGGGAUCUCAGAUGCCCCUCUGAGGAUCCUCUUCCUGUUCUGUGUUCUCCUGCUUGGGCUCUGGAUCUUUCUGCUGCUCUGUCUCUUAGCUUACUUCCCUCAGUUCCCCACCCAAUUGCUAGGAGGCGCUCUGGGGUGUCUGAGCUGGAGGGGACUGUACCAGGGCUGGUACCGCCUGGGGCCCAGCUGGUACUGCCCUGGGAGGCCUGGACUGGGACUGCUUAACACCAAGACCAGCACUACUGAAGCAGAGGACAACUGAGCCACGAUCACUGCAAUUAACUGGAAAAACAAAUAUGCAAACAUGCAAAGAUGAACAAAAUCAUUAGCUCUAGGAUGAUGAUUUGGAAGAUUCUGUUACAAAUACAAAACCUGUCCAUUUGAUUUGUUGUCCUCUUCUAACAGCAAGAAAAGAAAUCCUGUUGAAACUUUAAAUAAACAAAUAGACAAAG